AAAAAAGUCGGUUUGGUAUAAUUAGAAAGUGAAGGAAAGAGAAGCUGUAAAAUACUAUUCAUACCGAAGCUGUUACCGUCUUUCUCUCCAUCCAAAUCUCCAUUCUCUCCACUUUUUCUUUCUUCUUUCUCAAAUUUUCCUUUCCACUUCAGGAUCCAUCGUCUUCUUCAACUCCAGCUAUCUCUUCAGACUGUCACUCGAUUCUGGUUCAUAUUUCUAUCUUGGUAUGCAGUGAACUGCAUACAAAAAUUAGAAAACAUAGAGGAGAAGUCCAUAUAGAAAUGGUUGUUCUUUUGGCAUUUUCUCCUUGUAGCUUGCUUAAGAAAAAUCUGCAAGCAUAAUGAGAUGAAAAUGGUAUCACGACGCCCUGCUUCUGCCCUGAUGAGGCAAAUUUUCCAGCAUUGUGCUUUGUACAGAAUUGAUUGGAGAAAAAUUUUCUUUGCUGGGGCUUUAAUGACCAUAACUGGUGUUAUGCUCCAAACUCUUACACUUCCUUAUCCACUAAACAAGUGGUUCCUCUCUCCUCCUGUUACCGUUUCAUUAGAUGAACCCUUCAAUGUCACUAUAGAGUUGACUAAUAAUAGAGUGAAUGAAUCAAGGGUCCAACAGUUUCAACUUUUAGAAGCUGUCCCCAACGUUUUGUUAAAUUCCCCUGCUGAGUCUAAUUUCUCAGUGUCAGUUGAGCCAAAGAUACCUGCAGUUUCUGUUCAAACAAGAAAGUCUUUAUCAAGAAGGAGAAGGAAAAGUAUUGAUGUAGGUUCCAAGCCAAACCACACAGCUCCUCCUACUGCUCCUCAUAAAACGGUACCUUUCCGAUUGCAGAAGUUUGUCGGGUCCUUUAAACCCAAUCAGGCACUUAAGUAUGCAAGGAAGGAGAUCAACCAUGCCCCACUGGUUACUGAUGAUCCUGAACUAUAUGCCCCUUUGUUCCUAAAUAUUUCCCUUUUUAAAAGGAGCUACGAACUGAUGGAGACGGUACUUAAAGUUUAUAUUUAUCCUGAUGGAUCGAGACCUAUUUUUCAUCACCCACAUCUGCAAGGAAUAUAUGCUUCUGAAGGAUGGUUUAUGAAGUUAAUGGAAGGAAAUAAGCAGUUUGUCACAAAGGACCCAGAAAAAGCUCACUUAUUUUAUUUGCCAUACAGUGCUCGCCAACUGGAAAUGGCCCUAUAUGUACCUGAAUCACAUAAUUUGAAACCAUUAUCAAUAUAUCUUAGGAACUAUGUGAAAAAGAUUGCUGCAAAGUAUCCUUUCUGGAAUCGCUCACAUGGAUCGGAUCACUUCCUUGUUGCUUGCCAUGAUUGGGGUCCAUACACAGUAAAUGAGCACAAGGAGCUGAGUAAAAAUACCAUAAAAGUCCUAUGCAAUGCCGAUCUUUCAGAAGGAGUCUUUGUUCGUGGCAAGGAUGUUUCCCUACCAGAAACUACCAUAAGGACUCCCAGGAGGCCUCUUAGAAAUAUCGGUGGUGGAAAGAGAGUGUCACAACGUCCUAUCCUUUCCUUCUUUGCUGGUAACAUGCACGGCAGGGUUCGUCCAACUCUUCUGAAGCACUGGCAUAACAAAGAUGAAGACAUGAAAAUUUACGGGCCAUUGCCUGCGAGAGUCUCCCGAAAGAUGUCUUAUAUUCAACACAUGAAGUCAAGUAAAUAUUGCAUAUGCCCAAUGGGGUAUGAAGUCAACAGUCCCAGAAUCAUUGAGGCCAUUUAUUAUGAAUGUGUCCCAGUGAUUAUAGCAGACAACUUUGUCCUUCCUCUUAGUGAGGUAUUAAAUUGGAGUGCUUUUUCUGUUAUUGUGGCUGAGAAGGAUAUUCCCAAUUUAAAAGAGAUCUUAUUGGCUAUUCCAUUAAAGAGAUAUCUCACUAUGCAAAUUAAUGUGAAGAUGGUGCAGAAGCAUUUUAUUUGGAACCCAAGACCCAUAAGAUAUGAUUUGUUCCACAUGAUUCUGCAUUCAAUCUGGUUUAAUAGGUUAAACCAGAUACAAAUAUCCACAUGACCAAUUUUUUCUACUAACACUAUUUAUUGAGAGGCUUUUCGACUCGUUCCACUCGCGGCACAAUUGAUCAACACUAAGGUAUUCAACAAAAUUUAGCCUCAUGCACUUGGUUUCAUACUCACUAACCCAUUGCAUUUGAUUUGAUAAAUGAAUAAAAAUUUGAUUAGAAGAACAUAAUGGCUGGUUUGAGAAGUUGUGCUGCAGGUAUUACUUUUAGCUAAGUUUAUUGAUAAUGUAAAUGAUAUUUUCUAUGUGUUGUCUAAAUGUACAAAUGAGUAUUAAGUUAAGCAAAAAAAAAAAAAAAGUGGUAAUUUAUUUUAUAAUCCUUGUAUCUUUUUCAUGAGUUUAAAUUGGUCUAACUUUUUGGUGUUUAUAUUAAAAAGACUAUUUUUGUUUGUUGCAGUAUGAAAACAAUGUGCCAAA